CAGCCGGAAUUUUUUGAUCCGAAGUCCACCGCACUACUUAUGUUUCCUUCCUCUUAUAAAAUCUUUUCAAAUCAUUUCACAGAAUGGCUUUGACUGUGGAUCAGAUACUGGAGCGAAUUGGUAGCCUCGGAUUUUAUCAAAUUCGUCUGAUUGCUAUUCUAAGCUACAUAGAGUGGUUCAAUAUAACAUUUCAAGUCAUGGUACCAACGUUCAUCGCCGCUGAACCUAAUUGGAUGUGUGUGGCCAAUCACCGCUCGUGUAACCUGACUGGGGAGUUUAAACCCGGUGAUGACCUGUACAUGAAACGAUGUGAUAUGCCGAGAGAUUCCUGGAAAUUCGCUGAUGAUUACACGUCAGUAGUUACUGAGUUCGACUUGGUUUGUGACAAAGCUCUGCUUGGAACCAUUUCGACUUCACUCCUAUUUGCCGGCUGGCUUGUGGGCGCGUUAAUUGGCGGAGUUUUAUCAGACAAGAUUGGCAGAAAACCAGUACUGUAUAUAGGAUCAAUGACUUGUAGCAUCUUCGCCUGGUUGGCUGCUUUCCCAAAUGUCUUCUGGCUUUUCAUUUUAUUCAGGCUUCUCGUUGGCAUCUGUCUCGGUGGCGGAGCCAUGGGAAUCUACGUGCUGGCCACUGAGUUCGCAGGCGUCCGACAUCGCCACGUGGCUGGUACGUCACUUUGGUAUUCAUGGACCCUGGCACUAGUCAUGUUAGCAGGGCUCGCUUAUGGCAUUCGUGACUGGAGAUUCCUUUCAAUCACCUGUGCGGUACCUGGACUUAUUUCCUUCAUAGGCUGGUGGUUCACCCCCGAAUCAUCGAGGUACUUGCUGCUCAAGGGGAAAGUUACGGAAACUGAGCAAAUAUUGCGACGCAUUGCUGCCACAAACAAGAAAACCUAUCCAGACGAGCCUUUAGUGGAUCCGAAUGCUGAUGGCAAGCUACAGGAUCUAGGUGACGUCAGAGAUUUAUUUCGAACAAAAAAAAUGUUGCACAGGACUCUUGUUUCUUGGUAUGCCUGGUUUGUAAAUGCCAUGGUGUAUUAUGGUGUAUCGUUCAGCACUCCAACUCUUGGCGGCAACAUGUACCUGAAUUUCUUCCUGCUAUCCAUCAUUGAGAUUCCUGCAAAUUAUGUUGGCAUCUGGGCCAUGGGAAAGUUUGGUCGUAAAAAAUCGCUGAUUUACUGUCUGAUCCUUGCUGCCAUUGCGUCGACUGGUGCUGUUUUGUUUACGAUGUUCGAUCCAGGAAAUGACAAAUGUUAUGCUGCUGGUAAGAUCAUCAUGGCUCUUGCUGCUAAGUUCUUUGUAUUCAUCUCGUUUGAUGCAGUUUAUGUUUACUCCGCUGAACUGUUUCCAACGGCCAUCAGGUUAGAGUCCUAUCUACCUUUACUUUCCGACUUUUCCGCAUCAUUUAUUUUCUCACAGACGCGCGUACAUCCUCUCCUCCCCUACGGCAUCAUGGGAAUCAAAGCCUUGUUAGCCAGUCUAUUGUGUAUGACUCUACCGGAGACGAAAGGAACACCCACUCCUGAGACGAUGGACUCCGAGGAGGGAGUGGAACUAGGGAUUCAAAAUAUGGCCAUAGACGACAUACAGCUAAACGAUGAAAAGGAACAAGUGAAAGAUCGUGAGAAAAUGAAUAAUGGGAAAGAGAAUGAUGAAGAUAAAAAGGGAGAAAAAGAGAAUUGUGGCAACGAGAUGAACAGCAUCCCACCUCGAAAACUUGGUGCGAUCGCCUUGAAACUGAAAAUGGCUUUGAGUGUGGAUGAAGUGUUGGAGAAAAUUGGCAGCAUGGGUUUGUACCAGAUCCGUCUCAUAAUCAUCUUGAGUUACAUUGAAAUGAUUAAUUUGACAUACCAGGUGAUGUUGCCCAGCUUCAUCUCGGCUGAACCGAAAUGGAUGUGCGCCGGUAAUAACAGCCAUUGUAACAUUAGUGGUCAAUUUGACGCUACGGAUGAACGGCGAUGUAAAAUGCCUAGAGAAUCCUGGAAGUUUGCUGACGAUUUUACAUCUGUAGUCACAACGUUUGACUUAGUUUGUGAUAAUGCCAUUCUGUCGAGCCUUUCCACAUCUCUCGUGUUCGCUGGCUGGUUGGUUGGUGCACUUGGUGGAGGUGUUCUUUCUGAUAAAAUCGGCCGUAAACCCGUUUUGCUGAUCUUCACGUUCACUACAAGUUUGUUUGGCCUUCUUGCCUCCUUUCCACAUCAUUUCUGGCUGUUUAUCCUGUUCAGACUCUGUACAGGUUUAAGUAUAGGGGGCGGAUCCAUGGGAAUGUACGUGUUGGCAACAGAAUUUGUCGGCAAGAGGCACCGGCAUGUCGCUGGCACGUCACUGUUUUACUCGUGGGCUCUGGGUCUUGUUACGUUGGCAGGAUUAGCGUAUGCGGUGCGUGACUGGAGGAUGCUGUCAAUCAUGUGUUCUGCACCCGGCCUGAUCUCUAUUUUGGCGUGGAGGUUUGUUCCGGAAUCGUCGAGGUAUCUACUACUCAAGGGUAAGCUUUCUGAGACGGAAGAAAUCCUUCGGGAAAUCGCAGCAACAAACAAGAAGAAAUACCCAGAGGAACCUCUAUACAACCCGUGUGCUGAUGGGAAAGUUCAACAGAUAGGUGACAUCAGAGAUUUAUUUCGAACCAAGAAAAUGGUUCACAGAACUCUGGUGUCUUGGUAUGCCUGGUUUGUAAACGGCAUAGUUUAUUAUGGUGUAUCGUUCAGCACUCCAACUCUUGGUGGCAACAUGUACCUGAAUUUCUUCCUGACCUCCGUUAUAGAGUUUCCCGCCAAUUUCGUGGCCAUCUGGAUCAUGGGAAGGUUCGGCCGCAAAAAGCCUUUGGUUUAUUUCCUGAUCCUUGCUGCGCUCGCCUCAACUGGUGCAGUGUUAUGUACAAUGUAUGAUCCGGGGAACGAUAAAGGGUUCAUGGCUGGUCGUAUUCUUAUGGCGAUGUCAGCAAAGUUCUUUGUGUUCAUCUCAUUUGAUGCCGUCUAUGUUUACGCUGCGGAACUCUUCCCAACAGUCAUCAGAAACAUAGGAAUGGGCACAUCAACAGCCUCUGGUCGGGUUGGCUCGUUUUUAUCUUCUUAUGUAAUUCAUCUGCGAUUUACUCACCCACUCCUCCCGUACGGCAUCAUGGGAGGCAAUGCAUUGUUAGCGGGAAUCCUGUGCCAGACUCUACCAGAGACAAAAGACUUGCCAACUGCUGAAACUAUGGAAACCGAAAGCACAGAAGAAGCAUACAUGGCAUUGAAAUCAGCCGUAGAUUACAAAGAGAAGGAAGACGCCGAUGGCAAGCAACUUACCAUGGCCGACAAUGUGAAAGACACCACAAACAGCAGAGCAAACCUCGUGGAUUACGCUACAUCUUUGUGAUUGUCUUGCCACCUUUGGAGUUUUUUUUCCCCUAUCUCUCCGAAGUACUUCUUUUGGUUCUCCUUCAAGUUAUGACAAGUGUUAGUUUUGGACUUAAAUGUUUUAACAAAGGCAGAAUCUGUUGAGGUGAUUCUUCAGUAUUGCACUGCGUAUGCUGUAUUGCGCAAUAAGCGCGCGCAUUCGUAGAACAUGUUAUUGGUUUUUACAGUCAAUGUACGAGGUAAAUUUGGUCUAUUAGAUCUCUUUAACAAACAUGGUGACUUACUUUUUCAUUGCAGUUAUCGAAACAAAGAUUGGUAGGGAACAUUCAAGGAAAGUUACAAAAAAUCGUUUGACCUCUUUUCUUUCUGUGGAAUCACCUUUAGUUAAUGAAUGAUAUCUACUAGGUGAACUGACUCUUACAGAUUGACCUUUAAAAUUCUUCCUGGUCAUAUUCCAAUAACUUCUCUCUACAAAGAAGAGAUUUUCUCAUAUAGAACUAUUUACUGUACGUGCGUCAGUUUCGCGACACUAUUCCUUAAAAUGAAAGCAAACAAUGCUUACACUGCCUUGCUAUAAAUUCUAAUGCGCGGAAAUUCCCUUACUUGUCUGAGCCGAAGAAAGUGAAAAGUAUUUAGGUUAUGUUCCAGGCUUAAGAGGACAUCCUACUUUGGAUAAAAACAUUUUUUUUGCACAUUUUUAUAGCUUAGGAAAUCAUUUUGAAUAUCUUUUUAUCUCUUAGGACAUUACUCUGAUCAUCUUUUUAAAAAAAAUAAUCGAAAUUAUUCUCUUUCGUAAAUGAUUUAUCUCUUGACUAAGCUCCAGAAUUAGCAGAUUUGUCUAUGCUUCCUUCUUCAAAAAGUAUUGUAUUUACUCAGCUUUCACGUCUGACCGACAUUUCCCUCGGCAAAACCAUUUAGAUUCGCAGCUACAAUUCAUAACGAUAAAUGUAGUAUUUAUAGUGAGGUCCGAGUAGUCCUGAAAAGGAAUGGUUACCAUGGAUACGGUGACG